AUGCGGACCUUCAAGGGAAAAUGGGGACGAAAAAGCAAAGAUUCUGGCGGUACAGCAGACUUCGCUUACAUGUUUGUCAAGCCAACGCUUACUGAAGAGCAACAGCGAGAAAUGGAAAGGCAAAUCAGAGAAAGCAAAAUCAAUCAGGGUAGUUUGCUGGAAGCUGGAAAAGGAAGACCUUCUAGUGCUCCAACGCUGAAGCCAAUCAAGUCCAACGUGGGAACGAAUAUGCAAGCACUUCUCAAUGCUGAUCAAAAGAGAAUGACUGUUGCUGAAAAGCAAGAGUAUCUGAAGGGAAAAUACAAGGCAAAGCAUUACAUUGGAGACUUUGGCAAACUAAAAAAAGCCAAGCGAAAUCCAAAAAGCAAGGGCGAAAAGACUGAAAUACCGCCGGUGUCGCUGCGGAAGGUUUGCGCACCCCAGUUGAAAUUCGACUUGCGACAGUUUGCGCCGAAGGAAACAAAGAAAACUGAAUGGCAAAACAAAAUACUUAAAAAGGUCAUUGGAGCAUCUGUCGUUCUUCGAGACAAUUCCAAGAAAACAGAAGAUCGUCUCAUUGCCGCAAUGAAGCAAAUCAAACUUAAAUCUGGACAAGUCUUAUCAAAGCAAGGUGAAAUGGACGAAAAGGAUGAUAAAUACUAUGUUGUCGAAUCCGGAAGGCUCGAGUUUCAAGUGGAUGGGGUGACAGUGGACACUGCCGAAGCUGGAACUGCCUUUAAUGAAGAGCGCUUGUUAUACAGACAUGCCAAUAAUGCCACAAUCAAAGCAUCCGAAGAUACAAAACUGCUCGAGCUGGAUCAAGCGACUUUCCGAGGUAUCAUGCAGCAAGAAGAAAUCAAGGCACAAAAAGAGAAACCAAAACAAAAGGAAAAACCAAAACCCAAGCCUUUACCCGCGAAAAAGGAAAAGAGAAAGAAAACUCGAACCAUCGCUGGAGACUGGGAUUUAUCCGACUCUACAAUCUUUCAAGAGCAAGAAAAGGCUCGGUUUGGUGUCAAGAAGCAUGCAUCUUCCAAGGAAGAUCUCGAAUUUGUGCGGCUGCUUGGUGAGGGUCAAUUUGGUGAGGUUUGGCUUGUGGGAGCAAAACUACCAGAAUUUGAGGAGAAACAGCAGUAUGCUCUCAAAAUGCAGGAUAUUACUGAUGAUGAAUUGCGGGAAGAUCCGACAGAUGCAAUUUGGAAAGAAAUUACUGCUUUGAAGAUUGUACACCAUCCCUUUGUGGUGAAUCUGGUGCACGUCUACGAAACAGAGGAUUCGAUCGACAUGCUUCUCGGGCUGAUUCGGGGGACGGAACUUUGGGACGAGGUUCACAGGGAAGAUGAACCUGAUGUUUGGGUAUCCGGAUUCUCUGAGGCUCGAGCCCGUUUCUACACUUGUGUAUUAGUUGACACUUUGGCCUUUCUACACAAGCAUGAAUUUUGUUAUCGCGAUUUCAAGCCUGAGAAUGUCAUGAUUGAUGAGGAUGGGUAUCCCAUUUUGGUAGAUUUUGGUUUUGCAAAAUACGUAGCUGAAGGAGACAAGACAUUUACAUUUUGUGGGACUCCAAAUUACGUUGCUCCAGAGAUUAUUAAGCUCUCGGGGCACGAUCGGAAUGUCGACUACUGGGCACUUGGUGUGGUCAUUUAUGAGAUGGUUUGUGGAGAGAACCCAUUCUUCUACGAAGGCAUGGAGCAAUUUGCGCUUUACCAAGCAAUUACAGAUGAGGUACCCUAUGACAUGGAAGGUGACUAUACUAAGGAGGUAAUUGACUUGUGUCACAAACUGCUCGAAAAAGAUCCCACCAAAAGACUCGGUAGCAAUCAUCCUCAUGAUAUUUUGGAGCACAACUGGUUUCGUGGCACACCUGAUCUCAGCGAGUACAGAGCCAAGAAGGUGGCUCCUCCACCUCUUAUUGAAGAAACAAUCUCUUUUGAGGAAGAAGAAUCUGAAUCCGAAGACGAGACACCAAUCGAGGCUAGCUUGCUAGAAGAUGAUGUGGAUGGAAACAACUUAGAAGAAGAGCUAGAUCUGUUCAAGGAGGAAGAGAAGCCAAAACCAAAAAUUAAGUUGGUGCCGUUCAAAGCCACCAACAAGGGUGCUUUGAAAGGGUACUAUGCAAAAGAAAAGACAAAAGAGGAGAAAUAUAGUUCAAAAGAACGGCGUGCCAUGCUUUCUGGCACGCUUGAAGAUAUUGAAGACGAAUAA